AUGGAGGAAUUAAGCAGCUCAGGAGAUCGAUUCACGUGGGCUGGAAAGAGAUGGGAAAAAUGGAUCAGAUGCUGUUUAGAUAGAAGUUUUGGCAACAAAGCUUGGCUGGAAAUAUUUCCAGGAUCCAACCAAACCUUCAUGGAGAAACGAGGUUCCGAUCACAGGCCUGUUUGGUUGAAGCUGUGCGACUCUCAUGAGGACAGACGAGGUCUCUUCCGCUUUGAUAAGAGGUUCCUCCGACGACCUGACAUUGAGAAAGAAAUUAGUGAAGUUUGGUCUAAUCAACAUCAUGCUGCAGGGACCAACGUAGCUCAAAAGAUCAGGAACUGCAGAAGUAUUUUAAGCCGUUGGAAAAGGAAGGAAAACUUCAAUGCCAAAGAUAAAAUCAGGUCUCUCCAGCUUAGACUUGAAUGGUUCCAAUCCAAACCUUAUCCUUGCCGUUUUAUGGUUGAUCUGAUCACAAGGGAUCUCUUGCUAGCCUAUAAAGAAGAUGAGUUGUUUUGGAAGCAAAAGAGCAGGGACAAAUGGUUGGUUUUUGGCGACAGGAGCUCCAAGUUCUUCCAUGAUUCUGUCAAAACCAACAGAUCAAAGAACCAGCUUCUUAAGCUUAAAGAUAAGAACAACCAUGAUCAGUGGUCGGAUGGUGCCAAAGCGGAAGUUGCAGUGGAGUACUUUUCUGAGCUUUUCAAAUCUUCAAAUCCCACCUCUUAUGAACCGGCGUUUGAGAGCUUCCUACCAAGAGUGUCAGGGGAGAUGAACGAGCAACUAACGAGACAGAUCUCCAAAGACGAAGUGACCCUGGCCAUUUUCUCUAUAUGUGCAGACAGUGCACCGGGUCCUGACGGAAUGACCGCGACUUUCUUUCAAAAAUACUGGGGGAUUCUAGGAGAUCAAGUUACUUCAGAGAUACAGCAAGUCUUCUGUUCAGGGACCAUGCCUAGGGAAUGGAAUCUCACAUACCUUUGUCUCCUACCGAAGAUAUCAAAUCCCGACCUCAUGACUGACUUACGCCCAAUAAGUUUGUGUUCGGUUCUCUACAAAGCGGUGGCUAAGAUUUUAGUCAAGAGGUUUCAACCUCAUCUCCACUCCAUAGUCUCUGUUAACCAGUCAGCCUUCGUGAGAGAUAGAGUGAUCUCGGAUAAUAUUAUCAUAGCUCACGAAGCUGUCCAUGCUUUAAAAGGCCACCCACAGAUCUCAAAGGAGUUUAUGACUGUCAAAACUGACAUGUCAAAAGCCUAUGACAGAGUUGAGUGGAGUUAUUUGAGAAGUCUGUUGGCAGCUUUGGGGUUUGACAACAGAGUGGUGCAAUGGGUGAUGAUGUGUGUAACAACGGUAACAUAUUCGGUGCUCAUUAAUGACCACCCGUUUGGAUUGAUCACACCUCAGAGGGGUAUUAGACAGGGAGAUCCUCUUUCUCCAUUCUUGUUUGUGCUAUGCACCGAAGGUCUCACCCAUCUCCUUAAUGUGGUGGAAAGGAAUGGCUUGCUUGAUGGAAUGCAGUUUGCUAGCGAUGGCCCUUCUAUCCACCAUCUCCUCUUUGCAGAUGAUAGUCUAUUCAUGUGUAAGGCCUCACAUGAUCAAGCUACGGUCCUGAACAGAAUUCUGCAAUAUUACGGCAAGGCUACUGGUCAAACCAUUAAUCUGCAAAAGUCAUCCAUUUCCUUUGGGAAUAUGGUUGGAGAAGAGACCAGAGCGCAAGUCCGAGUCAUCAUGGGCAUUGUUAGUGAAGGAGGAACCAGUAAAUAUCUCGGUCUGCCGGAAUGUUUCUCAGGAUCAAAGGUAGAUAUGUUGUCAUUUAUUAAGGAUCGCUCACAAGCAAGGCUGGACAGCUGGUACCUCAGGCAAAUUUCUCCGGGAGGAAAAGAGAUUUUGUUAAAAUCAACGGUUGGAGGAAUGCCGGUUUUUGCAAUGUCUGUAUUUCGUUUGCCCAAAACGGUCACCGCCAAGAUAUCUAGCAUGAUGGCUAAUUACUGGUGGGGAGAUGAUUCAAACAAACGGAAAAUUCAUUGGAUUGCUUGGGACAAGUUAUGCUUACCUAAAGACCGAGGAGGCAUUGGCUUUAGAGACCUUGAAUGCUUCAAUCAGGCUCUGUUAGCGAAACAAGGAUGGAAGAUCUUAAAUGCACCUGAUUGUCUACUGUCAAGGUUCCUCAAAAGCAUAUACUUCAACAACGGUGAUUUCCUUUCAGCUACAUUGGGAUCUCGGCCCUCCUAUGCCUGGAGAAGCAUCUUAUUCGGUAGGGAGUUGUUGCAAGAAGGAAUUCGACACAGAGUUGGAAAUGGUUCAGCGACAAAGGUGUGGCUGGAUAAAUGGAUCGAGGAUCCUGUCGAAGGACUUAGAGCCCCAUGGAUUAAAAACUACUCGUUUGAUGUCAACCUGAGAGCAGCUGAUCUCAUUAACGUAGAAUCAAGAAGGUGGGAUGUGAACAAACUUGCAGAAAUUUUUGUUCCAGCGGACGUGGAGAUUAUCAUGAAAAAUCAGCCGGUUGUGAACAAGGAGGAUUUUGUAUCCUGGAGGUUCAAUAAAAGUGGACAGAUUUCAGUCAAAUCUGCUUACUGGUUAGCGACAGACAUGAAGAUGAGAAUGGCCCUCCCGCAAGCCUUUGCUCUCCCCUCCCUGAACGGCUUGAUAGAGAAAGCUUGGAAAGUUCAAACAUCACCUAAGCUGAGAAUUUUCAUCUGGAGAGCUUUAAGUGACGCUCUCCCGGUUUCAGAUCUUAUCAUUGGAAGAGGCAUGAAGAUUGAUGGGAGAUGCCAAACCUGUGGUGAUGAGGGUGAAUCAAUUAACCACUUAAUCUUUCUAUGCCCUUUUGCGAGACAGGUGUGGGUGUUGUCCCCUAUUCCUUAUCCAAGAGAGGGGUUCAGUACUUCUUCUGUCUUUGCAAACUUUGAAUUCCUCUUCAACAUACGUAAAUCUCGUAAUGUACAAAGCGAGGAAGGUAGAGUUUGGCCUUGGGUUGUCUGGAAUAUAUGGAAAAGAAGGAAUGGUUUUUUGUUUGAAAAUCGCUGUUAUAAUCCACUAGAAGUAUCAGCCAAAGCAGUCAGAGAUGCGGAGGAAUGGUUUGUGGCCCAGAGCAUUGAGAAGGAGUGGAAAGAAUUGGACAAGAUAACCCCACCAGUACCUGAACGUCGAUGGUUUCCGCCCAAACCAGGUUGGAAGAUGUGUAACGUUGGGUUUACUUUUGAUGGCAACAAAAAAAUUGCAGGUGGUGGGUGGGUUUUAAGAAACGAGAGGGGGGUGGUUUUACUCCACAGCAGAAGAUCUUUUGCAGGGAUCAAAACAAAGGAUGAAGCAAGAUUUGAGGUUCUGUUGUGGGCUGCAGAAAGUAUGAAAAGCCACAGACAGACUAAGGUCAUCAUGGCUGGUGAAUUUAGUGAGCUUUUUGGAGCAGUGCAGAGGCCAGAGGCGUGGCCAUCCUUUCUAUUUCAGGGCACGGAGAUACGAAGAGAACUUUUAGGUGUGGAGGAGUUUGAGUUAUCGGUGGUUAACAGAAGUGCAAACAGAGGAGCUUUUUUCAUUGCUCAAAGCGUUACAAAUUUGGGGCUUGCUAAUUCGUAUGUGGCUGCAGGGCAUCCUCCUUGGUUAUUUGAAUUUUUUGUCAAUGAAAGUCGACUCCUCUGA